AUGACGAGAGUUUAUCCGAGUGGAUCACGAAAACGGAAACUAGUCGAAGAAAAAGAUGAAGAAGUCGUUAAAAAGGUGCCGAAAUUAACGACAUACUUUCAAACCUCUACAUCGCUGCCGAAGAAUCCUGAUGGUGCAACAAGCGUGGCGGAAGAAGACGGCGGGCAAAAAAUUCAGGAACCAUCUCUUGCUGUUGACAAUAACAAUGAUGCAACAAUUCCAAAUCUUCCACACCGAUGA